GUAGUUGUGUUUACAAUGCACAGACGCGUCGCUAACCAGUGCGAGCUAACGAGGCUAAUUUAACCGGAUUUCUCUUUGCAUUUACAUUUUUUACUGACAGAACUCGGUCGGAGCUAUUCUGGUUUCGAUGGGCGGUCACGGGGUUUUGGGGAACGAGCCUGAGUCGAUAGAUUAUUCGGUGCACGAAGCCUGGAACGAGGCCACGAAUGUGUAUCUGCUGGUGAUCCUGGUCAGCUUCGGCCUGCUCAUGUACGCCAGAAAAAACAAGAGGAAGAUCAUGCGUAUCUUCGCUCUGCCUCCCACCGCCGGCAGCAACCCGGAGCCCAACUUCUACGACAGCCUGCAGAAGGUCCGCCUGAGGCAGCAGCUGGAGAUGUACUCUCUGGCCAGGAAGUUUGAGCAGCAGCAGCAACAACAGCAGGUCCAGACAGAGAGUGUGCAGCUCUCCAUGGAAUAAGAACAGCAGAUCGUUCAGCCCAAACACUCCUGUGACGUCAGUACACCCUCUGUAUGUCGGUGGAGAGGAGAGGACUUGGAUCGUGAUCAGAGGUUGUGUGAAGGAAGCUGCCCUCAUCCACGCUGAUUGUGUCUGUCUUCAUUCAUCUUCUGGGGUCUCAUCUGAUACUCGUGGAUUGAAAGGAUGGAUGAAUUAAAGCCAGGGACGCUGUGAGCAACAAGCAUCUUGCAGGUUUGCUCCAUGAAACCCAGCAGUGACCUGGAGUGAGGUGAUGAAACUGGAACUGCAGCAGGUGCUUUCUCAUCAUGGCACGAAGAAGAAAAAAAACAGUCUAUCAUGAAGUACUUUUACAUAGGGAACAAUCAUUCUUCAGCUUUAUUUUGGGCGCUGGACGUUUUUGUUCCAUUUAUUUUUAAUCGUUUGUUAGAUAUGUUUAGAUUAAGGUAGUAUAUUUUUAAAAAGUCUUAAAUGUGAAAAUAAAGGCACAUGAACUGACAGUGAUCCAGUCGAUCGUCUGGGUUUGUUUGUUUCUGUUUUGUCUGGGAGUGUCAGGUGUUGACAUGAUAUUUAAAAAAUGAAAAAUUGAUUUAACUUUAAUAUACGUCUAAUAAUAAUAUAGUGGUUGGUGCUCCAACGUGACGCUACUGCACCUUAACAAGUGGAGUAAAGAAAGUGCAUUAACUGUCUAGUAGUUCUAAUUGUGUGUAGGAUUUCUGGCCGCAGUGAUCAUGUAUUGAAACUCUGAUAUGACAUUAUUAGCUUUGUCUUUGAAAUUCUUUUUUUGACUUGUGUGUCUGAAAUGGCUAUUUAGCAUGCUAAGCUAACACUCGGAGCAUUGUAAACAUUAGGCAGGGUACACGUUGGCAUUAUCAGGACUGAACUGAAAGCACCACUGUGGACUCUUGCUUUUGUUAAAAUGUACUUUUUUAAUAAUGUAUUGAGCACCACAAACAAAUUUCAUUCACCUUGUGUUUGUGUGGCAGCCAAUAUUUCUUCUUCAACUCUCUCUGCAGUUACUGAUUAAAUCCCUGAAACGGA